AUUGCAAGCUUCAACAACAAAGACCCUUAACAGUGAAGAGAGGGUAGUGGACAGUAACUUGAAUCAGAACAUCAGCGCCCCAGUCUGGAGCAGGAACCUACACACUGCACAUCGUUAUAAGGAAUCUUAAAGAUGGUGAUACUGAAGUCACUGACGUUGCUCCUGCUCCUCGCCUUCAAACAGUCAGUAGAAGAAGAGGAUAUUCGAGCAGGCUGCAGCACGGCCGUAAAUGAUCUUGUGUACAUUGUGGACGGCUCUUGGAGUGUGGGUGAAGAAGACUUUGAGACCGCUAAGCGCUGGCUGGUCAAUGUCACCAGUGGCUUCGACGUGAGUUCACUCUACUCUCAGGUGGCCGUGGUGCAGUACAGUGACUCUCUUCGUCUGGAGAUCUCAUUGGGCGAGCACCAGAGUGCCCGAGAGCUGAUCAGGGCUAUCUGGGAGAUCAAGUACCUCGGUGGUAACACACAGACAGGCCGUGCCAUCAAGUUUGCGGUGGACCACGUCUUCUCGUCCUCCCAGCGCGGCGACACUGUAAAGAAUCGCAUUGCUGUGGUGGUGACGGAUGGGAAGUCUCAGGAUGAUGUGGUGGAUGCCAGCGAGGAGGCUCGAGCUCAGGGGAUCAUCGUGUUCGCAGUGGGAGUGGGCUCAGAGAUCACAAGCUCAGAGCUGAAGGCCAUCGCUAACAAACCGUCCAGCGACUAUGUGCUGUACGCCGCCAACUACACCACCAUCGAUCGGAUUCGUGACUCAAUGGAGCAGAAGCUUUGUGAAGAGUCUGUUUGUCCCACGCGGAUCCCUGUAGCCUCUAGGGAUGAGAAGGGCUUUGAGCUGAUACUGGGGAUGAUGAUCCACGAAAAGGCCAAGAAGAUCCACGGCUCCCUGGGGUCUGAGACAGCCUACCUCCUGGACAAAGGUGUGGAUAUUACUGAGCAGACAAGGGAUAUCUUCCCAGAAGGUCUUCCUCCAUCCUAUGUGUUUGUGGCCACUAUCCGGCUGAGGGGGGCUGCAAUCACGGAGAAGUUUGACCUUUGGAGAGUGCUCUCUAAAGACAGAGAAACACAAGUGGCUGUGAUGCUACAUGGGAAAGCCAAGACGGUCACUUUCACUACCACAGACACAAGAAGUCUGGAACAAAGAGCUACUUUCAAGGCACAGGAUAUUCAGAGACUCUUUGACGGAGGCUGGCACCAACUGAAGAUCCUGGUUCGGCCGAGGCGCGCCAUCUGUUAUGUGGACGACAAGGAAAUCCAAGAGUUGGACCUGGAGCCAGUUGUGCCCAUUUACAUCAAUGGGAAGACUCAGAUUGCCAAACGCUAUGUUUCUGAGGCCACGGUUCCUAUCGAAAUCCAGAAACUGAGACUCUAUUGCGACCCGAUGCAAAGCGAAAGAGAGACGGCAUGUGAAAUCUACUCAGUGGAUGAUGAGAGGUGUCCUCUCGACCGGACGCCGCCCGAGGACACAGAGGAGGAGUGUGACUGUGGUGACGGAAUUCCUGGACCACCCGGACCACCAGGACCAGCUGGCCCACCCGGACCUCCUGGGCUGAAGGGGGAGAUAGGACAGGAUGGACUCCCAGGCCCUGACGGUAAGCCUGGCAUGAAAGGUGAGCAAGGAGUGACGGGGGAGCCAGGUAAAUCAGGGGAGAAGGGGGAAUCUGGUUUACUUGGACCCAAGGGUGAUGCAGGAAUAAGGGGCUACAAGGGUGAUAAAGGACAUGCAGGUUUACCCGGCAGGCCAGGCCUACCAGGACCGAAGCCACCUCAAGGUGAGAAAGGUGAACAAGGACCCCCUGGAAAGCCUGGCCCAAAGGGAGAUCCAGGACUUCCUGGUUUUGCAGGACCAGCUGGCCCAGCGGGACUACAGGGCGAUAAAGGCGAUGCUGGGUUGCCUGGGCCAGUGGGACCAGUAGGACCACCAGGAAUCCGUGGACUUCCUGGAGAGGAGGGCUUGGAUGGACCUCAGGGGGCCAAGGGAGCACCUGGACAGAAAGGAUCCGCUGGACCUAAAGGACCUCCGGGCAUCCAAGGCCCCCCAGGGUCCCCUGGAGCAGAUGGACAAAUGGGUCCCAAGGGUAAAACAGGGGAGCAGGGGCUGGCUGGUCUUCCAGGUGCUCCAGGGCAAAAGGGCAUGCAGGGCAGUCCAGGUCUUCCAGGGUUACGUGGGGUGAUGGGUCCUACCGGGUUUAAAGGACAUAAGGGACAAAUGGGAGAACCUGGUCUUAAAGGCAAUGAGGGAGAGAAAGGCAGCGAGGGGUCUCCUGGAGUUCCUGGACCGAUGGGUGAAGCCGGACCCAGGGGAAGCAAAGGAGAGAGAGGUACUUCAGGAGAAACUGGGCCUAGAGGUCUGGAUGGGAAGAAAGGGGACACCGGACACAUAGGAAUAGUCGGACCACGUGGCUCUCCUGGUCAAGAUGGGUUACCAGGCCAGCCUGGUGUUCCAGGCUAUGCUGGGAAACCUGGGAAGUCUCCAUCUGAUGAGCACUUAAUAAAGAUCUGUGGUGAUGUUCUGAGGCAUCAGCUACCCCAGCUGCUACAGACCAUGCUUCCUCGGAGCUGCGAGCGUUGUGAGACAGUGAAGGGACCCCCGGGACAUCCCGGAGUGCCAGGACCAAAAGGGUCCAGUGGUCCUCCAGGGUACCCAGGCAGACUGGGCCCGCAAGGUUACCCGGGGUCUCCUGGUCCGCAGGGACCUUCAGGAGUCAAAGGCGACAUGGGAUUGAGGGGGUAUAAAGGCAUCAGAGGCGAAGGCAGACCAGGACAGCCUGGGCCUCCCGGACAUACAGGCAUCCAGGGUCCGCGUGGCAGUGAUGGAAUCGGACUGCCGGGUCCUCCGGGAAUGCCGGGGAAAUCUGGAUCUCCGGGCAUCCCAGGAAAACGAGGCGCCCCAGGCCCAGCUGGAGUGUGUGACAUGUCCAUCUGCUACCAGGCUUACAACCUUAGGGAAGACCGCUACAGCAAAGGACCUAACUUCUGACACACAUUACGUCAAUUCCUUAUGACAAGCACCUCAGAGUACUGAUUUGGGAUUGGUUCAUCCUCCUACUUUAAUGAAAUCAAAUCCUAGAAUCCAAUAUCCUCAGAUAUCUUCACCCUCAAAAAGUUCCAAAAAGGUUUCAUUUGGAAACUCUUCAAUGGAUUGUUCUUUAAGGAAACAUUUCUGCGUGUGAUAUUUUUGAAGCUAAAGACUAUAUAUAUAUAUAUAUUGUUUAAUGUAAAGGUCCUGUUACAAAGUUUGUAUUGUUUUUUGUUUUUCCUCAUACAGUGCUUUCAAGCCAGGGCAUUAUUUUAGAAGCUUUUAUUUCUAAGAGUGCUGAGUAAGCGCUGGCUACAGUGUUGAGCAAGGCAAGGCAAAUCCAGUGGACAUUUGGUAUGGUUAAAUAAAAAAAGUUUAAUAAUUAAAAAAAAAAUCAGCUUCUGUAGACGUUAGGGAUGCAACGGUUCAGUGUGGCCACGGUUCGGUUCGUAUUGCAGUUCUUGGGGCACGGUAUCGGUUCGGUUUCGAUAUAUCAAUAUUAUCUAACUCCAACAUGCAGUACCUUUUUAGCCCUUUCUAUUUCAAAUCAACAAGGUGCUCCUACUCACACUUGCAGAGCCAAUUAAUAAAUAGAAAAAAGGCACAGAUAAAUUAAAAUCACAAUAUCUAUUAUAAAAAAGGAACACUUAUUCUUACUAUUAGUCAAAAAUAGGCAACUGAUAUCACACUGCGCUUUAUCUGCUGACUGUCUUUUUACCUUGUUAAUCAAACUCAACGCUGAAGCCAAAAUGCUCCCAAUCAGCGGAUUUAUAAGCUGAAGGCGCCUCUUCAAAUUUCCUUUUCUCCGUUUCGCGUUCACUCGCCAUGAUCACGCAGCUGAGAACGUUUUGUUUAAUUAUCCCUUAAAUCUUCAGCAUCUGCCUUCAGAGUGCUGAUUCGCUCUUGGGAAAUUCAGAAAAAUUCUGAUUGGUUGCUGCAUGGUUGUGGAGAGACACGCUGAGGGAAGUAUAUAAAAAAUAGUCUCCCCCGGGUCCUAAGCAGUCCUGAUUAUCGCCCAAUACACAGCAUGUGUCCAAUCAAUAACCACAAAUAAAACAUUAAAGUUUUGUCACCAGCGAGCCAAAUAAGGACCAGAACCAGACACAGACAGCUGUACAAACUCAAAUGAUUUUUUUUAAACAGGGAAUAAGCAAAUUCAAAUUAAAGUAUUGCCUUGUGGAGCAAAGACAAGCCCCUUCCACCCCAGCACGCUCUCAGCAGCCCCUCCUCCUUGCCUUUUACUAGGCUGUGCAUUCAGCACCAUAUAAAUUACAGCGGGAGAGCGUUCGUUCGCUCUGUUAGUGCGCACCGAAUUACCGCUGUCCAUCCGGGUGUAUUGAACUGAACUGGCCGAACCAAACGGUUAAAAAAAAAAGAACCGUUGCAUCCCUAGUAGAUGUACAACUGUAGUACUUUUAACAAUGAUGUUGACCUGCCAGGAUCAGAUGUUUAAACAUGUGUUUAUCAAGUUUUUUUUUGUUUUUACUGGAGCUGUGUUGUACUGAGUUUGGUGUUGUAAUUAAAAAUGGAGUAGAUGACAGGAACUCUACCAAUGUUUCUGGACGUAGCUCUAGAGUAAAACUCAAGUAGCAAACUUAUUUAAACUACAAAGACUGUAUGUCUUGACUAAAUACUAAAUGUUUAUUGAAGAACCACAUCUAGAGAGGGUGAGAAACUUUGUGGUAAUAUCUUUUUGAUAAAUCAUUCCUUUAAGUAAAAAAUAGUGUAGUCACUUUCCUAUAAAAUGAGCUUUAAUGCAACAAAAAAAGACAGCCAUACUGACUGACUUGUGGUCUAAAAAAAAAAAUUUGAAUAAUACAUUUUGAAUGGGCUUCUUUUAAAGACAAGGUAAGAUUAUGUUGAUGAUCGUUUUUGUUAAAUAUUUUAAAAGUAAUGAUAAAAGCUGGUGAUGGUCAUUAAAUAAUUAAUGGCUGUUCAUGUCGGCUUUUUUAAUGUUCAAAGAGAAUAGUGUGUACAUAUUUGCAGUGCCUGAGGAAAGCUACCUCCAUGCUGGACGUACAUUCUAUAAGAAGACCAAAUGCAAUAUACGAAUAUAAAAAUCCAUGCUUUUUUUAAAUAAGAGACCACUUAAAAAUGAUGAGUUUCUUUGAUUUUACCAAGUUGAAAACCUCUGUAAUAUAAUCAAGGGGACGAUGGAUGAUCAGAAGCCAUCAAACCAAGCUGAACUGCUUGAAUUUUUGCACCAGGAGUAAAGGCAUAAAGUUAUCCAAAAGCAGUGUGUAAGACUGGUGGAGAAGGACAUGCCAAGAUGCAUAAAAACUGUAAUUAAAAAAAUAGGGUUAUUCCACCAAAUAUUGAUGUCUGAACUGAAAACCUUAUAAAUAUGAACUUGUUUUCUUUACAGUUAUUUGAGGUCUGAAAUCUCUGCAUCUUUUUUGUAUUUUCAGACAUUUCUCUUUGUCUUCAAAUAAAUGCUCUAAAUUUAAUAUUUUUAUUUGGAAUUUGGGAGAAAUGGUGUCCGUAGUUUAUAGAAUACAUUUAUAGUUACAUUUAUAUGUAAAACAGAAGUGCGGAGGAUUGUAACUGAUAGUUAAACUGCAGCAUAUAAUAAUAUUCAGUUGCUGUGCCUUAUUAAUAUUAAUGCUGUAUUAAUAGAGGAUUCUUAAAAUCAUGGUCGGGUCGGGUCAGGACAGUGUUUUCUUUUAUGAAAAUGAUUAUUAUUAUUUUCUCUACACUCAAAAAAAAAGGAAGGUGCUUCAGAUGGCUGUUUGAGAGAUAAUGUAUGUAGAAGAACCACUUUUGGGUUUUUAAUUGUAUCACUCGAAGAAUCAUUUGAAGCAUUAUAAUAUAGUAUAUAAGCGUAUAUAUACUUAAAAUGGUGCUUUAAUUACUUUUAAUUACAUUUUUUUAUUGAUAUGUUGGAUUUACUGUGUUUCUUUAUCUUUUUUUUUUACUGUAUUGAACUUCAUGCUGGUAUCAGAGCCAGAAAAAGCUAAUGAAAAACCAUGAUGUAUUUUUAACAUCUGCUUUGUUUUUGUCAUGCUUGCAGUUUGCAAUCGAAGUACUUUUUUUUAAAAUGUGCUGAUAUGUUGUAAGGCAGACAUGUGUGAGUAUAUUUUAAUGAUGUUUAUAUUUGGACCUUGUUUAAG